AUCGAAACGCAGCCAGCCAGAGAUUGCUUUGACGAGUGACAACGGAAAGUUACCUUGAGCGGGCUUGAGCUGUAGGCGUUAUGUCUAUUUGAAGAACAACGUAAUAGAAAUGUUUAAGUUUUAUGAUUUUAUGGGUUAAGGUGUUUGAAAUAAAGCUCAAAGUGUAUAUAUAUUUAUAAAGUAACAAGAUAUGGAUUCGACAAUCGAGAAAAGAACACAGAAGAAAAGAAUGUCAAGGAACGUCGCGGAACAUAAAAUUAUUGUGAACGUAAUUCUACAGUUCGAUAAACAUGGACACAGAGGAAUUCGUGGAAUUCGCCAAGAAGACCAUCGACUUCGUCGCGGAUUAUAACAAAAACUUAGCAAGCCGAGACGUGUUGCCCAGUGUAGAGCCGGGCUAUCUCAGCAAACUGUUGCCGGAAGAGGCGCCGUACAGAGCGGAAAAGUGGCAGGAAGUGCUGAAAGAUGUGGAACAAUAUAUCAUGCCGGGAGUGACACAUUGGAACUCGCCGCACUUCCACGCGUAUUAUCCCACCGGCAAUUCUUAUCCCGCGCUGGUCGGUGAAAUCUUGAGCUCCGCGUUCGGCUGCAUAGGUUUCUCGUGGAUAACGUCCCCCGCCUGCACCGAACUGGAGGUUAUCACCACAAAUUGGCUCGGCAAAAUGUUGGGUCUGCCUAGCGAGUUUCUGAAUUGUAGCGAUAGACCAGGUGGAGGUGUUAUACAGGGAUCCGCCAGUGAAGCUACUUUCCUGUGCCUAUUGGCUGCAAAAGAUUACACGAUACGACAGAUGAAAAAACUUCAUCCGGAAAUGGACGAGAAUCUCAUUAAGUCCAAGCUAGUAGCAUAUACUUCCAAUCAAUCAAAUUCUUCGGUGGAGAAAGCAGGAAUUUUAGGGUCAGUGCUAAUGAGGCUGCUACCAGUGGACGAUAAGCACUCUCUGCGCGGAGAAACCUUAAGGAAAGUGAUUGAGGAGGAUUUGGAGAAAGGUCUCAUUCCAUUUUAUACAAUUACGACUUUAGGAACGACCAACUUAUGCGGCUUCGAUAAUCUCGAAGAGAUAGGACCUGUGUGCAAACAAUACAACAUAUGGCUGCACAUCGACGCCGCUUACGCAGGUGCUGCGUUCGUCUGUCCCGAAUACCGUUACUUAAUGUCCGGAGUUGAAUAUGCGGAUUCCUUCAACAUGAAUGCGCACAAAUGGCUGCUGGUGAAUUUCGAUGCUUCGAUAUUGUGGGUGAAGGACUCGAGGCGACUGAUAGAGGCAUUCAGUGUCAACAGGGUAUACCUUCCUCCAGAUAAAGAAGGGUCCAUACCCGAUUACAGACAUUGGCAGAUUCCUCUGGGUCGGCGUUUUCGCUCCUUAAAAUUGUGGUUCGUCAUACGCAUAUACGGCGUGGAGGGGCUUCAGAAACACAUUAGACACAGCAUCAAGUUAGCGCACCUUUUCGAGAAACACGUCAAGUCGGAUACUAGAUUUGAAAUAAUCAAGGCUUCUAUGGGUCUCGUUUGCUUCCGAAUAAAGGGCGACGACAGUUUGACCCAGGAGCUCUUGGAUCGUCUGCAGGCCAGAAAACAAAUCUAUGUCACCGCUGGCUCUUAUCAGAACAAACUUCUCGUCCGAUUCGUCGUGUGCAGUAAUUUCUGUCAGGAGGUAGAUAUCUCAUUCGCCUGGAACGAGAUAACCAGCCAAACUACGGAGAUCUUGCAAGAGAGACUCAGCGAGAGGUCGAUCAACAUCAUUAUAAAGUCAACGGACGAAAUCGCGACGAGGAUAAAAACUUUGAAUUUGGAAACAAAAGACAAUUCGCAGAAGAUAUCAUAAUCGACUUUUUUUUUUCCCACGUCUGAUUGUGAUUUAUAAGUCGAAUCUAUUAUGUCAUUUCUCAAUUUUAUGUCGUAUAUGCAACUUUAUUCUUCAAAAAUUUUCGAACGAUAUGCAUGCGGUAUUAUAGAUUUUCUUCGGUUUUCAUGUGUGAACGGUGACAGUAUUAUAGAUAGCUUGUGGAUAAUGUUGUAGAGGUUUUAAUAUUAAAAAUUUUAGCUAUAAGCUACUAAUAAUAAAUUACAAAACGUCGAGUAUAGGUUGAGGAGGAAUUGCGUGACUCUGCUAUUUAUCUCUUCAAACAGAAGAACGAAAAAAGCAAAGCAUCUGUUUCUGUUUUCUCUUUUGCACUAGAAUAAGAGUAAGCUAUUUUAAUAAAUAUAUAAA